AUGAAGACUAGUGAGGACGACAGUCUACCAGGCAUGACUGUUGGUGCCAGAGCGGCGGCAGACUUCGAGAGGAACAUGACGAUCAAGGAGGCGAUUAAUCAUUGCUGGAAAGCACUCUGCUGGUCGUUAAUAUUCACUACUGCCAUUAUCAUGGAAGGCUUUGACUUAGCACUUUUGUCAGGCUUCUAUGCUUUCUCGGCCUUCCAGAGACGGUAUGGUGUCGAAGUGGAAAAUGGCAAGUACGAAAUCCCAGCAGAAUGGCAGACAGCACUGUCGGCUGGAGCCCAGAUUGGGCAGAUCAUUGGUCUAUCGAUAGCUGGAAUGUUUGUACAAAGGGUGGGGUACAGAAAAACCAUGCUUGUGGCAUUGACUCUCAUGAUUGCCUUCAUCUUCGUCCCGGUUUUUGCACCCAACAUUGCGACGCUGAUGGUCGGUGAGAUUCUCCAGGGAAUCCCUUGGGGUGUCUUCGAAACGAUGCCAGCGGCGUAUGCUUCAGAAAUUGCACCACUCGUGCUGCGACCCUACUUCACAACAUAUGCAAACUUGUGCUGGGUCAUUGGCCAGCUCAUUGCUACAGGCGUGCUUCGUGGCUUCCUCGGAUUAGGCGAUAGCCAAUGGGCAUAUCGAGUUCCGUUCAUGCUGCAAUGGAUUUGGCCAAUACCUAUCUUGACUUGUGUGUGGAUGGCUCCAGAAUCCCCCUGGUGGCUGGCUCGACGAGGCGAUUAUGGUGGAGCGCGCAAGUCCCUGCAACGGAUCUCGAACUACAAAGACCAAGAAAACCAUAACAAAUUCGAGUUGAUCAAGCAUACCAUUUUGGCAGACAAAAAGAUGCACGUGGAGCUCGAAGAUAGUGCUCCAAAAACUCAACUAGGCAAGCUUAGAGAAUCGUUGUGUACUUACCGACAAUGCUUCGAAGGUGUCGACCGCCGGCGGACUGAGAUCAACUGCAUGACAUGGGUCAGCCAGUCUCUUUGUGGCUCAAACCUCAUUGCCUUUGCACCAUUAUUCUUUCAAACGGCCGGAAUAUCCGAGGAGAACUCCUUCACCAUCCAGGUAGUGGCACUAGCCAUGGGAGCAUUGGGCACGGUAUCUGCUUGGUUCCUGAUGAAGAGCAUCGGGCGUCGUACCAUCUAUGUUUCCGGACUUGCUGCUUUGUUUGUCUUGUUGCUCCUUAUCGGCGUCGUAUAUGCUGCAUGUGGCGAAAACAACAAUGUGGCUAAUUGGGCGGUGGCUGUUCUGUUGGUUGUCUAUAUUGUCGUGUACGAUCUCUCACUUGGUCCCUGCUGUUAUAGCAUCGUCACAGAGAUCCCCUCGUCGAAAUUGAGGGCGCCUACGAUCGCGCUUGCUAGAAUCUGCUACAACCUCUGUGGAAUCUUCAGCGUGGCAAUGAAUCCGCAAAUGCUGAAUGCAAGCGCCUGGAACUGGGGACCGAGGGCCGCUCUGUUUUGGUCCGGCUUGUGCUUCCUGUGUUUGGUAUGGGCAUUCUUCAGAUUGCCUGAGCCAAAGGGAAGAAACCAAGGAGAGCUUGAUGUCUUGUUCGCGCAAAAAAUCAAGGCUCGUGAUUUUGCAAAGACACAAGCGGACCAAUUUGGGGUCGAUGAUGUGGAGGCCUUCGGCGGACCUCCGUCGGUUGUGCACUCUUCUUUGAUUCGUCGUAACCCAUCCCGCGAAGCAUAG